AGCACUGUGCUGAUGUCUGCAAGUGCGCUCGACUGUAAACUUUUGCUUGAGAAAUUUUUUGUCGCAUUUUUCAGUGUUUUUUUUUUAAUAUUUUUUACCUGAUUUUUAACCGUAAAAUGGGGAAAAAUUCUACGAAACCCACAUCAAAAGCUAACAGCUCCCCGGAAGGAAAAGCGAUGUCUCCCAUGAAAACGCAACUGCUCGAUGACCAACAGACUCCCAGCUCUUCAAGUUCAAAAAGAAAAAAUCUUCGAAAACCUUCCACAGAUGACACGCCGUCUAGCAGUGAACCUCUAUCGAAAAAAAAUCGAUUAGAUUCAACUGAAACCGCCGAAGAAGAUAAUACGCGGAGGCGAAGAACUUUGAAACACGGCGAGGUAGCACUGCCAGUAUGUUCAUUCUGCAAAGAAGAUCAAAAAGCAGACGAUGAACCGUUGAAGGAAUGUUCAGAAUGCAAAGCAAAAUAUCACAUACGCAAAUGCUUACGAUACAAAGAGGAAUUUGCAACGAACAUAUUAAAAUUAAAUAAAUGGUUUUGUCCAAGAUGCGUGGAAUGUGAUUCAUGUAAAGGUUAUAUUGGAGAUCCAUCUAAUAUUGAAUGUACAUUUUGCUGCCGAGCAUGGCAUGGAUCAUGUGCUCCAAAAGGAUAUUCUCCAUCAGGAGAAUUUGAUUCAGAUUGGUACUGUAUUGCAUGUUGUCGUGUCAAAGGAAUCAAAAUUUGGCAUACUACAUCAAUUUCUCACCGUUCUCACCCGUCAGCACCUGUCAAAGAACGAAAAACGAAAAGAGGAGGAGCCGCGCGGAAGGAUGAACUGGAAUUCGAAGGAGAUAUUGAUGAGCUUAAAGAUUUAUUGGCAAAACGAGAUUUGACAUUUGAAAUUUUGAACUAUGAAGCCGGUUUCAGUUCGAAAAAACCACUUCCAUACACGCCGACUUCGAGUGGAAAAAAGAAUAAGAAAAAGCAACAGAAAUCGCCCGUUCGGGAAGAAUUUGAUUAUUCGAAUGCUGAAAGAAGUCCGGAUUUUCCGAAAGUUGUUCGAGCGGAUUUAGAAUUAUUCAAAGCAACAAAAUCAGAAGCUUAUCAACAGACACCGAUUUUCAAUCCUCAUCCCGAAGGCCAAUUUCUUCACUUCGGCACCGGAAAAGCUUGUAAAGCAAUAUACAGCUCUGCAUACGAAGAACCUCUUCACUCAUCAGCUCAUCUUUACGCAUGCAAGUUCUGCCUACAUACAACUAAUUUAAAAGAAGAUUUGAUUGUUCAUUGGGAUAUUUGUAAUGCAAAACAUCCACCAGGAACAGAAAUUUAUCGAAAUGAUGGACUCGCAUUCUUUGAAGUUGAUGGAGCUGUACAGAAGAAGUACUGUCAGGAUUUGUGUCUUAUUUCAAAGUUAUUUAUUGCAUCAAAGACACUUUACGAUGAAGUUGAAACAUUUAAAUUCUAUGUUCUAUGCGAAAUUACAACGGAAGGAUAUGUGAUUGUUGGAUAUUUUUCAAAAGAGAAGAACCCAUCGAAAAACAAUAAUUUGUCAUGUCUUUUGGUACUUCCAAUGGUUCAAAAAAUGGGUUACGGUCGUCUUCUAAUCGAUAUGAGCUAUGAACUUUCUCGUUUGGAAAUGAGAAUUGGACAUCCCGAGCAUCCACUAUCAGAUCUUGGAAUUUUGGCAUAUCGUGGAUAUUGGCGUUCAAGUCUUCUAUGUUAUAUUCGGGAGCAUCGGAAUUAUGAUCGACUUAAUAUUAAAGAUAUGUGUCUAGCAACAAGGAUUGCUCCAGUCGAUAUAGUAAAUCAAUUAAUGUUGGAUAAUAUGAUUGUACUCAAAGGAGGCGUUUACUCAAUUAAAAUUGGCAAACGAGCACUGAAAUUCCCACUUUCUCAAUGUCGCCGUCGAUUUGUAGAUCCUUCUCAACUUUUUUGGAAACCGAAGCCAUCGGCCGAACGGUUGGAUCCUACUAAAAUUAACAAUUAUGUAUGACUGUUAAUAUCAAUAUGGUGCAAUGACAAUUUGAUCUGCAGUAAUUUCACAAGAUUUUGACAUGACCUCAAUGGUACACGGAUUUAUUUAGAAAGUUUUUAUCAAAUUUUUUCGUUUCCAAACAGAAAAAAAAACACAUUGUUCAAUAAAAACCGUUUAUUAGUACCUUAAAAAUAAAUUGAUUCGAAACAAUUUUUAACAGAAAAAUGAAAAUAAAACGACAAAAUUCGCUAAAAAUGAUGUAAUUUAAUUGAAAAAUGCAAGAAAAAUGAACAAAACAGCGUCAGAAUCUUGUGAAAUUACGAUAGAAUUGAUAUUCCCAGUGUAUUAACAAAAAGUUUUUUUUUGUGAAAAUUUCAACUUUUAUAUUUAAUAAGGCAUUUUUUGUAAUAUAGUUUUUUUAAUCAUUAAAAAGAAGUAAAGUCUCCCUAAGUUUAAUAAUUUGUUUCUUUAUAUAUUUUUUUUUGUUUUGUUUGAGUUGUUUUUAUAAUGGAAAUUUAAAUUUGAUUUUUAAAAAAAAUUAAUUCCAAAUUGUCCAUGUCCCAUGAUAUUUUUGAGACAAAAUUCUAAAUUUGUCCAUUCUUUGUUUCAUGUAUUCAUUCUCAAAUUAUUUGAUUUUAAACAAAAAGUAUCUCGUUUCCUACCCCAUCUAUAAAUCUCACACGCCGUUUUAAUGUCAUUUCAUUUAAUAAUGAAUUUUACUUUU